AUGAGAGCGGUUAGCUUAUUUAUUUUCACCUUUUGCGCCUUGUUUGUGGCAGCAAACUGGUCGCCAGAGGAUUAUGAGAUCUUCAGCUUGAACGAUAAGAUCAAGAAGGAUCUCGGUGAGGCUACAGACUUCUACUCAUGGCUUAAACUACCCAAUGGACCCAAGUCUUCGUUGGACGAAAUCAACAAGGCUUAUAGGAAAUUGUCAAGGAAAAUGCAUCCAGAUAAGUUUAGCGGGAAAUCCAAGAAGCUUAAGAAGAAGGCCGAGGAAAGAUUCCAGAGGUUGUCGCUUGUGGGUAAUAUCUUGAGAGACCAUAGCUUGAGGAGAAGAUAUGACUAUUUCUACGAUAAGGGGUUCCCUAAGUGGAAGGGCACGGGCUACUAUUACCUGAGGUUCCGCCCUGGGUUUGUGUUUACGUUGGUGGUUCUUUUCGUUAUUGUUGGUGUAUUCCACUAUGUUGCGCUUACUAUCAGCAGAAGACAAGACUUUAAGAGAAUUGUUAACUUGAAGGACCAGAUCAGAUCUCAGGCUUGGAACAACUCUGGUGUACCUCCAUUGGAUGGUUCUGAUAGAAAGGUGGAAGCUCCAAAUGGCGUCCAGUUCCAUGUUUCUAAUACUGGCGACGUCAGCAUAAUCGAGACCGAGAAGGGUAAUAGGGUCCUUGUUCCAUUGGACGAACACGACAUCAACGUUAGCCCUGGUUUCAAAGAUACUUUGUUUUUUAAGCUUCCAGCAAAGCUUUGGAACGUAUCGAUUGGUAAGCUUUCGGGUCGUUAUAUUGACACUACUGUUGUUCACACCAACUCUAAUGCUGAGAAGGAGAAGCGUCAGGGCCAGUCAGAGGCGAGCAAACCCAAGAAAAAGAAGAAGCCAAAGGGAGAAAAGAUCGAGUUGCCCAACGGUAAGGUGAUUUACAGCAAACCAAAAAAGUAA